ACAUAACAAUGGGGAUGGCGAGGGGUGAGAAGCGUAUGGGAACUGUCCAGGUUGCGAUCAGGGGAGCCCUAUAUAAGCGUCGUCCCUAGCCAUCGGCUUCACAGCUUCCUGUCCAGCAACUUACAAACAUGUGGGCCCUAGCUUUCCUUUUCAUCGGAGCAUGCACCGCAACUCCAAUCCACAAAAUCGUGGGCGGAAGUGACUCCACCGCUCACGACUGGCCGUGGCAGAUCUCCCUCCAGUUCCAGGGAUCUACCGGAGGGUACGGACACAUCUGUGGGGCCUCUCUCAUCUCCGCCAACUACGCCCUUACUGCUGCCCACUGCGUCUCCCAUGAUACGACCGUCUCAAAAUACAGACUGCUGUUGGGAGAACAGGAUUUUAACGUCAAUACAGGAACAGAACAGACGAUCACCAUCUCCAGCAUCUUAAUGCAUCCCCAGUACAGCGAAAGCUCUGGGGGAUUCCCGAAUGACAUCGCCAUUCUGCGGCUGUCAACUCCCGCCACAUUGAAUGAAUACGUUAAAGUCGCCCGCCUGCCGUCCUCUACAACCACGAGCUUCUACAAUGGAAGAACCUGUUUCAUCACUGGAUGGGGACGUUUGACCGGAGGUGGAAGUCUUCCCAACAUCCUCCAGGAGGCCCAGACCACCGUGAUCAGCCACAGUAACUGUCGCAGCGCCCUGGGACUGACCGGUCUCCUGUACCUUCAGGAGGGACCCCACGUCUGUGUCUACACCGGCAGCAACGGCGCCUGCAACGGAGACUCUGGCGGCCCAUUGGUCUGUGACGUCAACGGUGUAUGGGAAUUGGUCGGUGCCACUUCCUGGGGUCUCCAGAACUGCCCCACCUCCAGCCCCACAGUCUACACCCGCGUGUCCAACUACCUGUCCUGGAUCAGUGCCAACACAGACGCUUUGUAAACCGGAUAUAUAUUGUUCUAUGUUAUGAACUUACGGAAAUAAAUACGGCAUAUAAUCACCAUU